GCCACUGAUUCUGUAGGGGAGAGUCAGGUAUAAAACAUGGGUAAAAUCAGACAGAGGAGCAUUGCAGCAUUAUCAGCAGCAUUGAACCUACAAACAUGGACACAGUUGACAUGAGCAAGGGCAAGAUUAUCUUCUAUGAAGAUAAAAACUGCCAGGGUCGCUCUUAUGAGAGCAAUGGUGACUGCGCCGACAUGUCCUCCCACCUGAACAGGUGCAACUCCGUCAGAGUGGAGUAUGGAUUCUUCGUGGUCUACGACCGCCCCAACUUCACUGGAAACCAGUAUUUCAUUAGAAGAGGAGAAUUUGGUGACCAUAUGAGUACGAUGGGCCUGAGUGGUGGGAUUAAAUCUUGCCGUAUGAUCCCUUUGUACAGGGGAUCCUACAGGAUGAGGAUCUAUGAGAGG